AUGUCAACCGACCCUACGGAUGUCGCCCGAAUCAACGGAAUCACUGAUUCCGCCGGAAUCUUGCCACUAAACGAAGAGCUAAUUAUUCGGGUUGCAUGUUCUUGUUCUGGUAAGUACUAUCGAGCUAACACAUCUUUUGUUAUUCCAAUUAACACCAACUAUUUCACUAUCGCAAAUUUCACAUUCCAAGGUUUAACCACAUGUGAUUCCCUCCAAAAGAACAAUAUUUAUAAAGAAAAUGAUUUACAAGUUGGUGGCAAGAUUCGUGUCCCACUUAGAUGUGCGUGUCCUAAAGUUAAUCAAACCAUGUCGGGAAUCAGAUUUGAUUUUUCCGUUUACUACCCUUCUUGUUCCUCUGUGUCUACCGAACCUUUAAGUUCUCAAACAAGAACAUUCUAUCGGAAUCGGAAUCGAAAUCAGAAUCCAAAGUUGUCAAAGAAAGGAAUCAUUAUCGGGAUGAUAUCAGGUGGUUGCUUGGCCAUUCUUUGUGGUGUUUUUGUGAUAUGCUUAGUAUCGAAAAGGAAAAGAGCGAAUAAGGGUAAAAUCGUAAAAUUGGAGUUGCCUAAAGAUAUCCAACUUGGUAUUGCUAGUGUUGAUCAAGUUCUCAAAAUCUACAAAUUUGAAGAAUUAGAGGAGGCCACGGACGGAUAUACCCUCGAAAAGAGAUUAAGUGCUUCGGUUUAUAAAGGAAGUAUAAAGGGUAGAAAAGUUGUGAUUAAACAAACGGAGACACACGCGAAUAAAGAGGUGAAAAUUCUCCAAAAAAUUAAUCAUUUCAAUCUUAUUGGUCUUUACGGAGUUUGUGAACACGAUAAAUCUUGUUAUCUUGUUUACGAAUUCAUGGAAAACAGUUCAUUAAACGAAUGGCUUCGAGAUUUGACUUGUCAAGAAAGUCAAACAUGGAAUAAUCGUAUUCGUAUUGCUUUAGAUGUUGCUAAAGGUCUUCAAUAUCUACAUAAUUUUGCGAAUCCAACAUACGUUCAUAAAUAUAUAAACAGUAGCAAUAUUCUAUUAACUAAGGAUCUACGCGCCAAGAUUUCAAAAUUUGGUCUUACAAAGUCAACACAGAAGGGCGAAAAUGUAAAUUCAUCCAUAAAAUCUCGUUCAGAGUCAAAGGGGUACCUCGCACCGGAGUAUUUAGAGGCAGGAUUUGUGACAACGAAGACCGAUGUGUAUGCAUUUGGAGUUGUUUUGUUAGAAUUGAUAACGGGGAAAAAAGCUGUUUAUGAGAAUGAUGAUGAUGGGGGACAAGUGAUGUUGUGUGAAGAAGUUGUAUCGAUUAUGGGUGAUGGAAAUAAUGCGAAAAGUAUGGUUAAUUACAUUAUUGACCCUCGGUUGAAAGUUAGACAUGCGCUCGGGUUUGUUAUAGAUCAAGAUGAACUUGCACUGUGUUUGGUGAAACUGAGUAUUGGUUGUUUGGAAAGUGAACCAUCGAGAAGAUUAAGUAUGAACGAGAUUGUUUCUACUCUUAUGAUGAUUCAAAUGGAUCCACAAAGCUUGGGUGCCAUGUUUUUGGUGUAG